AUGAUGCGACAAUCUUUCGGAGCCAUUAUGGCUUUGCUAGCCUCGGGCUCCCUUGCGUCCUCUCUCUCGGAACUAUUCAACCUCAAAUAUGCCUUCCCCGAUCCCGAAGACUUCAAGAGCCGGUUCUAUGUUGCAGGCGGAGGUGGCUACUCUCUCAACACCGAUACCACUGGCGGCCUCAAGUACGGAGCUGCCGCAGGAGCCACUGAUGGCGGAUACGAUGCCUUCAACUACAGUUUCGAUGAGCAAUUCCUUCUCGGCAACGGUUCCGUCAACUGGGAUGCGAUAUACAUGUUCUCUUACCAAGCUCUCAGAGAGAUGACCUAG